AUGGUACGCCCUGCAACUGCCGUCACCUCGGCUGUGUUGUUUUUUGUACAUGCAUCGGCUGUGAUUACUCUACCGCCCGGUGCUAAUACUGGUCAAAACCUGCUUCCCAAUAUCGACGACCCCAAUGCUGUUAAUGCGCAGACGGCCUGUCCGGGAUAUACGGCAACAAACAUGCAGACAAGCAAUCAUGGAAUGACAGCAACAUUAUCGCUUGCUGGGGAUGCGUGCAAUGCUUAUGGGACUGACGUUGAUUCACUUGAUCUGACGGUCGAGUAUCAAGCAAAUGACCGGUUGAACAUAGAGCUUGUGCCGUCACAUAUUGAUUCUACCAAUUCGAGCUGGUAUAUUCUGCCAGAAACCCUAGUUCCCAAACCUCAGUCUGAACAGGCGAAUGCCGAUGACAGUGAUCUCAAGUUCACUUGGUCUAACAAGCCAUCGUUCAAUUUUAAAGUGACUCGGAGAUCUACUGGCGAUGUGUUGUUCAAUACCGAAGGAACGGUCAUCGUCUUUGAGAACCAGUUUAUUGAGCUUGUCAGUUCUUUGCCUGAGGAUUAUAAUCUUUAUGGCUUGGGGGAACGGAUGCAUGGGUUGCGGUUGGGCAAUAAUUUUACGGCUACUACAUAUACUGCUGACAACCCCGACCCAUUGGACGUGAAUAUCUACGGGUUUCACCCAUUUUACCUGGAUACCCGGUAUUACGAGGUUGAUGGUGACGGUUCUUAUACUUAUGUACCUGCUGACACCGCCGACGCUUCAAAGAACUAUGUGUCUCGGUCUCACGGCGUGUUCCUACGCAACGCCCAUGGCCAGGAGGUGCUUCUACGGCCUGAUAAUAUCACCUGGAGAACAAUAGGCGGCAGCCUAGACCUUUAUUUUUACGCUGGCCCCAGCCAGGCUGAGGUGACCUCCAAUUACCAAGCCAGCACCAUUGGUCUUCCAGCCAUGCAGCAGUACUGGACUUUUGGGUACCACCAAUCAAAUUGGGAUUGGCCAAACUGGGAUACGCUUGAACAAGUGGUGGCGAAUUUCUCAAUGUAUGCGAUUCCAUUGGAGACCAUGUGGUCCGAUAUCGACUAUAUGGACCAAUACCGGAACUUUCAGAAUGACCCGGUGAAUUACCCUUAUGAUCAGGGCGCGGAUUUCAUAGACAGUCUGCAUCAGAAUGGCAUGCAAUACGUCCCGAUUGUUGAUCCGAUCAUUUACUAUCCUAACCCUAACGGAGACACGGCAGACUACGCACCUUAUGAUCGUGGCACCGAGGCUAAUGUGUGGCUCACCAAUCCCGGCGGCAGCGUGUAUAUCGGGGCUGGCUGGCCUGGCUAUACAGUGUACCCUGACUGGCACCAUCCGAAUACAAGUGCAUGGUGGCUCAAUGAGUUGGCUCUAUGGGGGCAAAGCAUCAAAUUCGACGGGAUUUGGAUCGACAUGAACGAGGUCUCCUCGUCGUGUGUGGGAAGUUGCGGUUCCGCGUAUGUUACUCAAGAUGCUGAGCACGAGGCAAGAGAUUUCGAGGUUGCUGCGGACGCUACAAGCACUGCGAGCUAUUUGGUCACGACUCCUACGCCUGGUGUUCGCGAUAUCAAUUAUCCUCCAUACGUUAUUAACCAUGUCCAACCGGGCCAUGAUCUCGCGGUUGGAGCCGUCUCGCCCAAUGCUACGCACAUAGAUGGUGUGCAAGAAUAUGAUGUUCAUAAUCUUUACGCAUAUCAAGAAACCAACGGCACUUACCAAGCCCUGACACAAAUCAUCCCCGGGAAACGCCCCUUUAUUCUUUCCCGCUCAACCUUUGCCGGCUCGGGCAAAUGGGCUGCUCAUUGGGGUGGUGACAACAUCGCGGAUUGGCUGCAUAUGUAUCUAUCCAUCCCGCAGGCUCUGUCGUUUUCGCUCUAUGGUAUCCCCAUGUUUGGUGUAGAUACCUGUGGAUUUGAAGGGAAUACCGAUGAGGAGCUUUGUAACCGGUGGAUGAUGCUUUCUGCUUUUUUCCCCUUUUAUCGCAACCACAACUGUAUCGGAAGUAUCCCGCAGGAACCUUAUCAGUGGACUACGGUUACUCAAGCGAGUAAAUUUAUCAUGGGAAUCCGCUAUGCGCUUCUUCCAUACAUGUACACGCUUUUCCACGAUGCACAUACUACAGGUUCAACCGUUAUGCGCGCACUCGCCUGGGAGUUUCCCGACGAUCCGUCUUUGGCUGCCGUCGACCGACAGUUCUUGCUGGGUCCAUCGCUGAUGAUUAUCCCUGUGCUUGACCAAGGUGCUACCAGUGUCGAUGGCGUAUUUCCCGGUAUUGCGCAGGGUGAGAUAUGGUAUGAUUACUACAUGCAGACGGAAAUGGCGGUGGAGGCGGGCGUGAAUACAACCCUUGAUACACCUUUGGGCCAUAUCCAACUUUUCAUUCGGGGCGGUAGUGUUUUGCCAAUGCAGCAGCCAGCGCUGGUCACGCGCGACGUACGCAAUAGCCCGUGGUCAUUGCUUGUUGCGUUGAGUGGUAAUGGGACGGCCAAGGGGUCGUUGUAUGUUGAUGAUGGGGAGAGUAUUGUGCAGAAUGCUACGCUCAGUGUUGAUUUCAAAGCCAAUACAACGGACACGGAAACAGGCAGUGCGUCUUCUUCGCUGUAUGCUAGUGUCAGUGGUGAUUUCCAGGAUACUAAUGCGUUGGGCAAUGUCACGAUUCUGGGCGUCUCGUCUGUGGGGAAUGUCACUUUUAAUGGGAAUGCGGUGGGAAGUGAUUCUAUUGCGUAUAAUGAAGAGAGUAAGGUGCUUAUUGUUAAUGGGUUACUUGAUUUGACGCAGAGUGGUGCUUGGGAUCAGGAUUGGGUGUUGAGUUGGUGA